GAAGUCCAUGGCCCUGUCUUUGCUUUUCCUUUCACUAGGUGCCAACUGCAUCAGAUUCGACUGCUUGCCUGAGACCAGAAGUGCCUCUCCAAGCCUCACUCAUUUCGUAGUAAUAACAGAAACAAGAUGAUAUUUUGGAAUUUCCUUCUUGGCGUUCUGCUGCACUGCUCUCUCCAGGGAGCUCUGGCACAGCUUCCGACUCAACCGGAAAACUGCUCUGGCAAAAGUCAGAUCUCCUUCAGUCACUCAUACAAGAUUGACGUGCCCAAGUCCACUCAGAUCAAAGUGGAUCCAGACCCACGUCCCCUCCAAGAUGACAGUCACACACUGCUGUCGACUGGUGAAAUGCAUGAGGGCGAGGAGCAAAAUAUUAUAUUCAGGCACAACAUUCGGCUGCAGGCUCCCAAAGGUGACUGCGAACUCCUAGGCCAGCUCAAGGCUUUGUUGGAAAGGCUGGAAAAGAUAGAAUUGGAAGUGCGACAUCUGAGGGGGAUCUGUGGCCCUCAGAGGUGCUGUGGCAAAGCCCAAGAAGUUUCAUCCUGCAGCGGCCACGGAGUUUUCAUCCAAGAGAUUUGUGCCUGCAACUGUGACGAAGGUUGGGAAGGCCAGGACUGCUCCCGCCCUACCUGCCCAGGAAACUGCAAUGGUAACGGACGCUGCGUUGGCGGCCGAUGCAUUUGCAAUGCACGUUAUGCUGGCGAGGAUUGCAGCCGGCUCCUGUGUCCUGAGAAUUGCAGUGGAAAUGGGGUCUGUGUGAAUGGCGUAUGUCACUGCUACAAGGAGUUCAUUGGUGAUGACUGCAGUGAGAAGAGGUGCCCCAACGACUGCAGCGGGAAUGGAUAUUGUGACACUGGCGAGUGUUACUGUGAGGACGGCUUCAUUGAGCUUGACUGCUCUAAAGUGCUUGCCCCCCAGAAUGCACGAGUCCUCAAGACCACAGAAGAUUCCCUGGCCAUUGGCUGGGAUAAGGUGACGGAUGUGGACAGUUAUCUCAUUAGCUACUUUCCUGUUGGGUAUGAAGCCUCUGUGAAGCAGGUGCGAGUGCACAAAGAUCAAAUCACCUAUGAGAUUCUGGGUCUUCUACCUGGUACAAAGUAUAUUAUCACUCUCCGCAAUGUAAAGAAGGGGGUUGCCAGUGACCCAGAACUCCUGCAAGCCAGCACAGAGGUCUCUGCCAUUGGUGCUAUAUGGGUGACAGAAGAGACAGAUAAUUCCCUGGAAGUGGAGUGGGAGAAUCCUUCAACAGAGGUGGAUUAUUACAAGCUGAGGAUCAGCUCUUUGCUCCGGCCAGGGGAGGAGAAGGAGGUGCUGGUCCCUAGAAGCAGUGAUGCCAAGAGCAGAUAUGUCAUCACAGGCCUGAAGCCAGGAACCCAGUAUGUGAUCACCGUCAUAUCUAUGAAGGAUGAGAUGGAAGGGAAGCCGUCCUCUGUGAACGGCUGGACAGAUAUUGAUGGCCCAACGGAUCUGGUAACCAACCAAGUAACAGAAGACACAGCUACCAUUUCUUGGAAUGGGGCCCAGGCUCCAGUAGAUAGAUAUGUGGUGAGCUACACCUCAGCUGAUGGUGACACCAAAGAGAUCUCUGUGGGGAAGGACAAGAAAACCACUACCCUGACGGGUUUACAUCCAGGCAUGGAGUAUACCAUCUAUAUCUGGGCUGUGAAGGGAACCCAACAGAGCAGGAAGGCAAGCACAACAGCUGAAACAGAGAUAGACGGCCCUACGAACCUGAAAACAGACCAAGCAACAGAGAACACAGCCACUAUCUCUUGGAGCAAGGCAUUGGCUCUUAUAGACCGAUACAUACUUAGCUACACCUCUGCUGAUGGAGACACUAGAGAGAUCACAGUUGGGAAGGAUAAGACCAGCACCACCUUGACUGGACUGAAGCCAGGCAUGGAGUAUGUCAUUUACAUCUGGGCUGUGAAGGGGAGCCAGCAGAGCAAGAGGACAAUCACAAAGACACUGACAGAAAUUGACCCUCCCAGGAAUGUCCGUGUGUCAGAUGUAACACAGUCCAGUGGAUUGGUCACUUGGACACCACCUGUUGCUCAGAUCAGUGGCUAUCUUAUCACCUAUCGGGAACCAGAUGGUACUAUCAAGGAAGUGCGGUUAGGUCCUAAUGAGGAAAGGUUUGUGCUAGAAGGCCUUACUCGAGGAACCAAAUACACCAUACAUAUCAUGGCCUUUAAGGGAGACCGCUGGAGUCGAAAAACAGCCACCACCUUUUCUACAGUCAGUUUGCACUAUCCCUUCCCUGCGGACUGCAGCCAGACCCAGGAAAACGGACUCUCUGCCAGCGGCAUGUACACCAUCUACCUGAACGGUGAUGUCAACAGACCCCUGCAGGUGUACUGUGACAUGGCCACUGAUGGAGGUGGAUGGAUCGUGUUUCAGAGACGGAACACAGGGCAGCUGGACUUCUUUAAGCGCUGGAGGAAUUACGUUGAAGGCUUUGGAGACCCUGCUGGGGAAUUUUGGCUUGGCCUUGAAAAGCUGCACCAGCUCACCAGUAGCGCCCCCGUCCCCUAUGAACUGAGGGUGGAUUUACGAACCCACAAUGAGUCUGCCUAUGCUGUCUACGACCUCUUCCAGGUGGGCUCCAGCAGAGAUCGAUACAGGCUCUCCGUGGGGAAGUACAGAGGCACCGCUGGGGAUGCCAUGACUUACCACAAUGGCUGGAAAUUUACCACCUGGGACAGGGACAGCGACAUCGCUCUCAGCAACUGCGCAAUCACACAUCAUGGUGGCUGGUGGUACAAGAACUGCCACUUGGCCAAUCUGAAUGGGAAAUAUGGUGAAGACAAGCACAGCGAGGGAAUUAACUGGGAGCCAUGGAAAGGCCACCUGUUCUCCAUCCCUUACACUGAGAUGAAGCUCCGCCCACGCUCUCGAAGCUUUGAGCCAAUCUUGGGGAGAAAAAGAAGAUCUCUAGCAGUGAAGGAGCCCAGGGUUUAAAAUGGAUGAAAUGUGGUGCUUGUCAAGUGAAGCAUGGCAAUGCAUUACUGUAUCAUGUAACCAUUUAACCUUGGGUUGCUUAUUUUAGUACAUUUAUAAUCACAUACAAAUGGUUACAGGCUUCCUCAGAAGAAUUAUCUGGUUUAAUUGGUUGGGAUCAGCACAGAACCUGCGCUGCACUCCGAGUGCAAUUUGAAAAGAACAGGCAUCCCCAAACUGCGACCCUCCAGAUGUUUUGGCCUACAACUCCCAUGAUCCCUAGCUAACAGGACCAGUGGUUGGGGAAGAUGGGAACUGUAGUCCAAAACAUCUGGAGGGCCGAAGUUUGGGGAUGCCUGGAAAAGAAUAAGGUCGGAGACUAAGGGCUGGUUUAGAAUUCUUCUUCUUGUGGAGGGCCAUGUCUAUUGACGCUCCCUCUGCUUGUAGUGGCCUCUGGUUCUGACAGCUACCAUGGAUCAGGAGGGCCCAUUUCAGCCCUCCAAUUUUUCCAUGUUCUUGACAAGGAAGGGGCUUCUUGCCAUCCAGCUUCCUUGCCGGAGAAAACAAAGAAGUCACCACACCAUCUCUUUUCUUUCUUUCUCCUCUCUCUCUCUCGGGUGGCUUUGCUUAUUCUGCUCAACAAGGGCCUGAUUGGGGGUCUGCUGUGCUAUGAUUUCUGAGAUGUAGCUUUGCAAAACCCAAGGUGCUAAUUCAACAUAUUUUCCUAUCCAUGGUGUUUCCUACAAGACAAUUGUCAGGUCACCAAAAUCCAACCGUAUCAAACUCUCAAGCGCUGCUGAGAAUGAUGCGGUUGUAUCUCAAAGAUGCCUUUCUUACACAAAACACGACCUUUCUAGCUUUCUAUUUGCCCUUUUUCAGGGCCGACCCCGUCCAUGAGGCAAGAGGAGGCAAGUGCCUCAAGCGGCAAAAGACCAUGAGGUGGGGCCCCCACCCUGCCGCCAGAAAAGUGGCGCCACCAGCAGCAGCACUGGUUUCUGGCGAGAUCUAACCAAAUCUCACAUGAUCUGACUGAAAUAUUGCAAGAUCUCACAGAGCAUGUGAGAUCUCACUGGAAACCAGAACUGCUGCACAACGCAGAUGAGGCAGGCUUCAGCGGGUUUCUGUUUCGCCCCUGUCCGUUCUUGUUCUUUGGCUCUAUUCCAUCCCCUUUUCUCCCACCCUCUUUUCACUUGAGAAAUUGUUUCUCUAGUAAGUCACGAAACAGUACCAUUUCAUACUCCUGUACAAGUGUUCCUCCAUGUCCUCCUGCCCCAAACGCCUUGCGAAGGGGGAACACUCCUCUCAGACAUGUACAGUGCUGUCAACUUUCCCAUUUUUUGGAGGGAAAUUCCCUUAUUCAGUGCCCUUACUUUCAUAUCCGGGAGUUGACAGCACAAUAGGAUUUCCUUAUCUUCAAAUCCGGAGGUUGACAGCCAUGGACAUGUAGUUUUCUAUGUGCAGAUAUUGUGCUGUGGAGAAGCAUGCAGUCAUUUUAAGCCUGUCUGCAGCCUGAAGUGACUCAGCCCUGACAGAAGUUUGCCAAGCCAUGUGUAAAACUUUAGUUAUAGCACCACCUAAUGUUGAUUUCAAGUAUGACUAAAAAGGGGCUUAUACUGUUGUAUCAAAAUAAAAAAAUUCCUUCCAGCAGCACCUUAGAGACCAACUAAGUUUGUCAUUGGUAUGAGCUUUCAUGUGCAUGCACACUUCUUCAAUGACAAGCUUGGUCUCUAAGGUGCUGCUGGAAGGAUUUUUAUUAUUUUAUUUUGUUUCGACUACGUCAGACCAACAGGGCUACCUACUGGUAUCUAAUGUUGUAUACUGUAUAUGCUUUACUAGGGUGUGUGCUGCUCACGAACACCCUCCUGCCAUUCCCCUCACAUUCACCCCCUCCAGCUUUCCCAAGGUUUGUAAUCUUUAGUGGUUAUAUUGGUUCCAAGUCGCACUGAAAGCAAAUGUGGGUCAAUAAUUAGAUUUCUAUCUAGUGGCCUGGUUUUAAAUCCCAACUGAGCCUGGAGUACAGAGGAGAGUCUUGGACAAGUGUUUCUCAACUUCCAGUUUAAAAAUGGUUAUCAGAUUUUGGGAGAAUGAAUAACUACAAAAACUGUUAUAAAAACACUUUAAAUAACAAAUACUGAGAAGUCCAGGAGACACAAAUUUCACUAAAACUAUACAGGGUCCCAAGUAUCUAACUUGUUGGUUUUUUGUUUUUAAAUAACUCUUUACAGACAGAAACAUAAAUAGCUUAGUUUAAAGAAAGCUUUAAAUUCUGCUGUAAUCAAGUUAGUACCUGUCUUGUUUGCUUCUGCAUUCUGCUCAAAUUUUAUUUUUGACCACUAUGUCUAAUUACUUAUGCUUGUUAGAAAAAAUGCAUUUCUAUACGAUUGCCAAUUUUGAUACUGUGGAUCUUGAAAUAUUUCAGAAAUAUUUCACGUUGUUUAGCAAAGUUUAUAAUUUAGCCACAGACUGUAAUCCUGGGAAGAUCCUUAUUACUUAUAAAUAAAGAUUUUUAAAAAUCA